GUGCCCCGGUGCCGCCUCCGCCCAGCUGCCCGCCCGAGUGUCCGCCGCCGUCUCUGCCUUCGCCAUGCGUUCUGGAGCGCCGCGCCGACUGUCGCCACUGCCCUGGGUGGCCCUGGCCUGGGCCGUGGGCUUCCUGGGCUUCCUGGGCUCCAUGGGCUCGGGGGACCCGGCGCCCGCUGGCACCUGCUGGCUCCAGCAGGGCCCGGAGGCUACCUGCAGCCGGUUGCUGAGGACGAACGUGAGCCAGGCUGAGUGCUGUAACUCCAGCAACAUCGACAUCGCCUGGUCCAACAUCACCCAGUCCGGGAACAAGAUCAAUCUCCUCGGCUUCCUGGGUGUUGUCCAUUGUACCCGGUGCAAAGAUUCGUGCGACAGCGUGGACUGCGGCCCGGACAAGGUGUGUCGCGUGCUGGGGGGCCGCCCGCGCUGCGAGUGCGCGCCCAACUGCACGGGGCUGCCGGCGCGCCUGCAGGUCUGCGGCUCGGACGGCGCCUCCUACCGCAACGAGUGCGAGCUCCGCACGAAGAACUGCCAGGGCCAUCCCGACCUGCACGUCAUGUACCGAGGCCGCUGCCGCAAGUCCUGCACGCGCGUGAUGUGCCCGCCGCCGCAGUCGUGCGUCGUGGACCAGACGGGCAGCGCGCACUGCGUGCUGUGUCGCACGGAGCCCUGCCCCGUGCCGUCCAGCCCCGGCAAGGAGCUUUGCGGCAAAAACAACGUCACCUACCUCUCCUUGUGUCACCUGCGCCAGGCCACCUGCUUCCUGGGCCGCUCCAUCGGCUUGCGCCACGCGGGCAACUGCUCAGGCCCCCCACUGCAGCCAGGUGCCCAGUCGGCCGAGGAAGAGAAGAGAAACUUCGUGUGAGCCCGCGGGGCGGGCCUGAGCCUGGCGUUCCAGGCCUCCCCGUUUUAUUUAUUGCCACAGCAGAGUCUAAUUUAUGUCCAUGGGCACUCCCCAGAGCCUGGGCUGGGACCACUUGGGGAUCCCGGAGUCCCCCUGAGGAUAUCUUGGAAGGAUUUAGGGAAGGAGGCCAGGGAGCAGGGUGGGUGGGCGGGAGGGGACGGAGCCGCAGGUACCUGGCCUCAGCUUUCCGGGAUUUUUCUGGGAAGCUUCUGGCCCUGCCGCCCACACCCUGCGGCCUGGGAGGACCCCGUGCUUGUGCUUGUUUGGGGAUAAGCGGGUGGAGAUUCCCUGCUGGUCAUUUAUGAAAAGACUCGGCUGGCUUUCCCAGCUCCCAGCCUUCUAGAGCAGGGACCUUGGGCUGAGGCCAGGAGGUGAAAAGGAGGUCCGUCCUGGGCGUCUAUUGAUGAGCCUCAGAACACGACAGCCUUGGCCCGGACCAGACAGGCCCUUCAUGAAGGCCAAGGAAGCAGCCACCCCGGUCCCCUACCAGCCCAAGAACUCCAGGUUUCCCACUGCCCCUACUCCUCCUGUACAUCCUGGGAAAGCCUCUGAAAAGCCCAGUGUGGACUCUGGGAGGGCGCACAACAGACCCACCCAGCCCUUUCCCAGCUGCAAUUCAUGUGGGUUCCCAUCGCGACACUGCGUGGCCUCAGAUGGGGAGCGGCUAGCGUCAGCUCAGAACAGGGCACUGUGUCCGGCAGUGCCUGAUCCACUUGGGGGGGGACCCUCAAACCCCUGCUCAGCCACUGGCCCAUGACUCUUAUACAUGAAAUGCCCUGGAGCCAGGUGUCCCUGCGGCAUGCUGAAUGCUGCGUCUUCCACAGGUGGGGGUUCAGACUCGGGGCCCCUCGGUGCCAAGUGGCACAUCCUAGCUGGGCCUUAAGACCCAGCUCCCACUGUACCCUCCUUGCCCGCCAGCAUAGCUGAGGGUGGCCCGGGUGGUGACACCAGCCAGGUGCUGGUCUUGGAUCAAUUCCCCCAAGACGGCUCACCCUCUAUUCAGUCUGGGUUUUUGCUCAAAAUCAAUUGCCCGUGCUCAGACCAGAUACUGGGGGAAGGGGAGCAACGGGGAAGGAACCCAACCCCCCAGGUGUGCCUUACCUGUGAUGCCCAGAAAAGUGUCCUUGAGCAGGAGGAUCUGCCUGAACCCCCUGACCAGGCAUCCUCCCCCCACCCUGGGGUCCUGUGUCACCAAAGAAUUAAAGACUGAAAAAAGCCA